AUGCUCUUGUUCCGGUCCCAAGCAUGCCUGCAUUGUUUGUACACAGAGUUGUAAAGACAAUUUUAGCUCGGUCCGAUUGGCUGUGAAAGAGGAGCUUAUAGUGGGAUAUCACCCCUGGCAGCCAUCUUUCAAUUGUGUUUGUGCCGUAAGGUUUUUUUUUAAGUAGUGGUUUUAUAGAGAGACACCAGAGCUGCAGUGUGAAGGAGUAUGGCUCGUACCAAGCAGACUGCCCGUAAGUCCACUGGUGGAAAGGCACCAAGGAAGCAGCUGGCCACCAAAGCCGCCCGCAAGAGUGCGCCCUCUACUGGAGGGGUGAAGAAGCCCCACCGUUACAGGCCUGGUACCGUAGCCCUGCGUGAGAUCCGCCGCUACCAAAAGUCCACUGAGCUGCUCAUCCGCAAGCUGCCGUUCCAGCGCCUGGUGCGUGAGAUCGCCCAAGACUUCAAGACCGACCUGCGCUUUCAGGGGGCAGCCAUUGGUGCCCUGCAGGAAGCCAGCGAGGCGUACCUGGUGGGCCUCUUUGAAGACACCAACUUGUGCGCCAUCCACGCGAAACGCGUCACCAUCAUGCCCAAAGACAUCCAACUGGCACGUCGUAUCCGUGGUGAACGGGCCUGAGCCUUUAGCAUCCAGCAGCAGUGUUUACAUUUAAUAAAUGUUCUUCCUUUCACUUUGUAGCCAUGAACAUUAGAUAUAUUUCUCCCAUAACAAGUUGGAAUGGCGAUAAAUAAAAAUAUCAUUUUUAUUUCUGUAUUAUUUUCCCUUUUGAUAUCUGUUUUGUAAACAAAAGUGUAGCUUUGCAAAAAAUAAUAAAAACUAGGAGAACUGUUGCAGUUUA